UGGCUUCUCUUGCCACUCCUACUUCCUUCACUGCCACUACGCCGGCCACCACCACCAAAAGACUCCCAAAUUCGCCUUUCUUUUCCACCUCCCGCCAACGUUCCAAACAAUCUACCCACCGCAGCUUCAAAGUCUCGUGCAAUGCCACCGAUAACAAUGAGAAGCGACUCGAAUCCRAAAAACUUACACUGAAUCUGGACCGGAGGAACUUGCUUUUAGGGGAGGGCCGGUCCUAAGAUUUUUGAUGCUCUAUGCGAAAAUAAUAAAAUAUGCCCCUAACCCUAUUUUUUAAGCCAACGAAACAUGCGAUUUUUUAAAGAGUUUAGAACUUAUUUGCCCAACUCCGACUCAAGGCUACCAAACCCUGCCUUUGACGYAUUUCGGAACGUGGAUCAUCUCCCACCAGCCAUCCUCAACAUGGAUUUCCAAAACUCUGCCAGUGCCGAUUAUACUUGCGUACAACAGAUAGGCGCAAAUCUGACUUUAAUGUAUAAGCAGAUGAUAACCAACUCCCCYAACGCAGACACCUUCUUUGGUGGGGUGUUCAGAGCUGGAGAUGACCCCAUUGAUAUACAGCAUUCUACAGGGCCAAUCGAGUCUGGUGUUCACACGGCGGUGCACAUAUGGGUGGGUGACCCAAGAAUGCCCAAUAACGAGGACAUGGGCAACUUCUACUCGGCAGGUUGGGAUCCUCUGUUCUACACCCACCAUGCCAAUGUGGACCGUAUGUGGGCAUUAUGGAAGGAUAUGCAGGGGCCCGAUUACCCCGACCACAYCGACCCUACAGACCCUGAUUGGCUAAACGCGUCAUACGUGUUUUAUGACGAGAACAAAGAGCUUGUACGUGUCUACAACAGAGACUGUGUAAACGUGGAGAAUCUAAGUUACGUAUAUGAACCKUCCCCACUCCCCUGGCUUAGAAGCCGACCAGUUCCACGUAACACGAACUCAAAUGUUGCAGCCAAGUCCUUUGGAACGGUGAAAAAAGUGGAGGAGACGAAGUUCCGUGUUAAACUAGACCAGACAGUGAAGGUCCUGGUGAAGAGGCCAGCUACAAAGAGAAGCAAAGAGGAUAAGAAGAAAAGCUAUGAGCUAUUGUAUGUCAAUGAUAUCAAGCUGGAUGGCGAGAAAUUUGUCAAGUUUGAUGUGCUUGUAAAUGACCUAGACGACGGUACCCCAAGCACUCCGACGGACAGUGAAUUUGCAGGUAGUUUCUCGCAGUUGGCACAUUUGCAUGGGCACAAAAUGGUGAUGAGGAGUGGGGCAACGUUCGGGUUGAAUGAGCUGUUGGAGGACAUACAAGCCGAGAACGAUGAGUAUAUUUUGGUGACAUUGGUGCCCGGGGAAGGGUGCGAGGAUGUGACYGUUGGUGAGAUUAAGGUUGAGUUGGUUUCGUCUGCUASUUGAGGAUGAUUGAUGAGCAUGCAUGCAUUAUCGAUCCUAAUUUCAUUUGUCUGUCUGUUUGCUUUCAAUAAUCGUAGACCAUGUACUGCAUUACAUGGCUGCGACUUCUUAUUACAUGGUUGCGACUUCUUAUUUAGUAGUGGCAAGUUCAUCAAGUAAUCAAUGUAUCCUUUUUUCUAUAUGA